AUGUCUGCCCUCGCGAACACCGAACCGGGUGCGUGCGUCGUUGGCAGCGGAUGCGUGCAGACCGUCGGUGCUCAUUGCCCUUGCCCCCGCCCGCCCCCAGCCACCACAGAGCCGCUCUACCAGGUCAAGCUCCUCUCCGCCUUGCGCUCCGGCGACCCCGCCCUCAUCCACCCCUUUCUCGCAGAGUUUGGCACCGCACGCCGACUCUCCCAGGACACCAACACAGACGUCGCCGCCGCCGCCCUCCAUCUCGCCCUCCGAUGCGCAUCCACCGACACCGUCUCGCUGCUCCUCUCCCACCGCUCGAUUUCCCCAAACGCGGUCCACCCCGCUGGCUCGGGCACCACCGCCCUCCACCUCGCCGCCUCCCUCGGCCGCGCGGACGUCGUCAACCUCCUCUUGGACCAGGAGGGCAUCGACGACACCCUCCGCGAUCGCGACGGCCGCACUUGCAAGGACGUCGCCCGCGGAAAGGACGUCCUGCGCGCCAUCAACGACUCCAGGUCGUUCCUGACCGCCUCCUACCGCUCGCUCCUCCGCACCUACAUCCUCUCCCCUCCCACCGCGGCGCCCCCGCCCCCGCUCCUCGCCCUGCUCUCCUCCCCGCGCGUCCGCCUGCUCGAUCUCUCGUACCUAGAUGACGCAUCGGGCGCCACGCUGCUCCACGAGGCCGCCAGGCGGAAAGACCUCAGCCUCAUCGAGCUCGCGGUCCGGGGCGGCGCAGACAUCUUCGUCCGCGAUCGCCGUGGCCGCCCGCUCCACGACGUCGUCGGCAAGGACGACAAGGUCAGGGCCUUCCUGCGCCAGUUCACGAACCUCGACAGGACGCUGAUCGAGGCGUCCCCGCCGACCGAGCCCCCCGUCCUCAAGGGCUACCUCAACAAGUACACCAACGUCGCCCGCGGCUACAACACCCGCUGGUUCGUCCUCGAGCGCGGCGUCCUGUCCUACUACCGCCACCAGGAGGACGAGACGGUGGCCAGCCGCGGGUCCAUCUCGAUGAAGGCCGCCGUGCUGCGCGUCGCGCCCGGCGGCGAGGCGCUGCGCUUCGAGGUGCAGUCGACGCCGUCAAGGGGCCACACGAGCGUGCAGCGGUGGUACCUCAAGGCGAACCACCCCGUCGAGGCCGCGCGCUGGACGCACGCGCUCGCGCGCGCGAUCGAGAAGCACAGGCAGGGCGCGCACGAGCAGGCCGGCGAGAGCGACGCGCUGUCGCGCGCGUCGGUGCGCGGGAGCAUCAGCUCGACGAUGUCGUCGCUCGUGAAGCGGAAGAAGGGCCGCGGCGAGGCGGACUCGGUCGCGAGCUCCGGCGCGAACUCGGACGACGAGGAGAGCGCGCGCGGCGGCGGCGGCGGCGGCGGUGUCGGUGCGAGCCCGAAUCGGCGCGGGUCGGGGUAUUUGGGAGUGGGCGAGCCCGACGCGAACGACGCUUCGUCGGGGAAUGCGAGCUCGGAGCAGGGGGGCGAUGAGCACCCCCCGCACGAGGACGUGUUUGAUCUGCAGGGCAACUCGGCCGCGGCGCAGCUCGAGCUCACGGCGCAGCUGCUCGCGAACAUGGCGUCCGCGUCGAGCGGCGCCGCGCGGGCGACGGAGCUGCAGAGCGCGUUGCGCGAGUCGCUGUCGAGCGUGCAGGGGAUGGUGAACGAGUACGUGCUGAUGGCGAAGGAGCGCGACGAGUGGUGGCGCGGGCGCGUCGCGCGGGAGCGGGAGCGGCAGACGGUGUGGGAGGAGAGCCUCGCGAGCGUCGUCAAGGAGGGGGAGGAGCUGGAGCGGGAGCUGCGCACGCAGGCGCGGCGCCGCAGCCGGCUGGAGCCCAGCGCGGCGACGGCGGGCGAGGCGGGGGGCACGGUCAAGCGGCGCCCGUCGGUGCUCCUGACGCUCUCGCCGCCGCUGCGGCCGGCGCCGGAGGAGGACGUGCGGACGCCGACCGCGGUGCCGCCGACGGUGACCGUGGCGCGGCGGCAGGCGUCUGGCGGGUCGAUCAUCGCGCGGGCGGUGCCGGCGCCGCUGUCGCCACCCGUGUCCGUGGGGGGCAGGGCGUCGCCGUGGCUGGGGGGCGUCGGGGGCCCGGAGAGCGCGGGCCUGGACGCGGACGGCGACACGGACGAGGAGGACGAGUUCUUCGACGCGAUCGAGAGCAACGCGCUGCCGAACCUGGUGAUCAACGAGUCGCUCGCGAGCGGGCACGUCGAGGGCGAGCUGCCGUCGAUCGUGGAGCGCGCGGCGUACGUCGGGUACGAGAACCUGCGGCAGACGCUCGGGCUCAACGACGACCAGCGGCCGCCGACGAGCCUGUGGAGCGUGCUGAAGCACAGCAUCGGCAAGGACCUGACCAAGAUCAGCUUCCCGGUGUUCUUCAACGAGCCGACGAGCAUGCUGCAGCGGAUGGCGGAGGACAUGGAGUUCUCCGAGUGUCUGGACGCCGCGUCUGCCGAGGGCGAUCCGCAUCGACGGCUCGCGUUCGUGGCGGCCUUUGCCAUGUCCAACUACUCGUCGACGAUCGGGCGCAUCGCGAAGCCGUUCAAUCCGAUGCUGAGCGAGACGUUCGAAUACGUGCGCCUCGACAAGCAGUACCGCUACGUCUCGGAGCAAGUGAGCCACCACCCUCCUAUCUCGGCAUGCUAUGCCGAGUCCCCAAGAUGGCGUUAUUACGGCGAGGUCGACGCCCAGAACAAGUUCACCGGCAAGUCCUUCGAGAUUCGCCCCACCGGCGUCGCCCACGUCGACCUCCUCAUCCCCGCCGCCCGCGGCCCCGCCUACCCCGUCUACGAGGGGCGCAUCGCCCAGGGCAGCGUCGUCGAGCACUACAGCUGGAAGAAGGUCACCACGAACGUGUCCGGCUUCAUCCUCGGCUCGCCCACCAUCGACCACUACGGCGACAUGACCGUCACGAACCACCGCACGGGCGACCAGUGCGUGCUCACGUUCAAGCCGCGCGGGUGGCGCGGCAAGGACGCGUACGAGAUCUCGGGCUACGUCGCCGACGCGGCCGGCACCGUCACGUACGAGAUCGCAGGCCGGUGGAACUCCCAGCUCGUCGCGCGCGCGGUCGGCGCGGGCGCGGGCGCGAACUCCGGCUCCAACUCCGGCUCCGGCUCCGGCUCCGGCGCGGGCGCGCUCAACCCCGACGUCGCGGUGCGCGGGCCGGGCUCGGCGUCGCCGACGCCCGAGUACGUCCUGCUGUGGCGCAACUCUGAAAAGCCGCGCGCGCCGUUCAACCUGACGCCGUUCGCGAUCACGCUGAACGACUGCCCCGCGGGGACGCUCGCGCCGUUCGUGUGCCCGACGGACUGCCGGCUGCGCCCGGACCAGCGCGUGUUCGAGCAGGCGCGGUACGAGCUCGCGAACGCGCUCAAGACGCGCCAGGAGGAGCACCAGCGUGCGAUGCGCCGCGCGCGCGAGGAGGGCCGCGCCCCGCCGCACCGCCCGCGGUGGUUCCGCGCGGAGACGGACGGGGACACGGGCGAGCGCGUGUGGGCGCCGGCGAGGACCGCCGACGGCGCGCUCGAGUAUUGGGUCGAGCGGGAGCGCGUGUUCGCGUCGGGCGGGAAGGAGCCGUGGACGGGGGUCGACAAGAUCUUUAUCGACGACGCGGUCUGA